AUGUGCUACAGCCCCAAACUCUGCAAGCAGCGCAGAUUGAACGGAUAUGCCUUCUGCAUUCGUCAUGUUCUGGAGGACAAAACUGCUCCGUUUAAACAGUGCGAAUAUGUGGCCAAGUACAACAGUCAGCGAUGCACCAACCCAAUCCCCAAAGCAGAAGAACGAAGAUACUGUAACAGCCACCUACAGGUGCUUGGCUUCAUCCCGAAGAAGGAGCGUAAGAAGAAGCAGGAUGCUCUGGAGGAGGUUCGUGCCCGAGCUCACGUGGAGUCUGUCGCUCUGAACAUCACCGUUCCCUCUCUGGCUCUGAGAGACUCUAACGGGCUGGACGGCCUCCCUCCAUCCCCGCCCCGUCUGACACCAAUGCCUCUCUCGGACUCCGACUUCCUCGACCCCUUUGCCUUCUACGAUGAGGACACGGACGGAGAGGAAAGCGUGGCGCAGAAGUGCUCCAACAAGAGGAAGCUGCCCAGCAGGCCAGUGAUUGGCUUGAGGGUGACCGCCUGGGACCCAGAGCACUGUCAGCCGGACAUCGAGCACUUUAGCACCGUCACUGAACCCUGCACACUUCCAACCUCCCCACACCUACCACAACCACCUCCACCCCCACCUCCGCCUCCGCCUCUGCCUCAACCCUUGGCGAGGCUUGUCCAGACCCCUCAACAUACAGAUCGGCCCGUUUACGCCCAACAUGGGGCAGUGCAGUCUCUGCUAUGCAAGCCAGCUCCACCUCAGACUGGGCCUUCUGUUUUGUCUGGUCUGCUCCCAUCAACUGGGGCUCAGAACCAGCCUGUUAGCCAGAGACCUGUCCCUGCUGCAUCCCCUCACCCACCUGCUGCCCAGGACUGCCCACAGCCCCGCGCCGUGGCCAUGCGCCCCACUACCUUUACAGCACCCCCUGUCUGCCUGCUCAGACUACAGCACCUUGUGCAGCUCUAUGCUCAGAGACAGAGAGAACACGGAGACCUGUUCCCACAUCUUGGGCUAGACUGGUCUGAGGACAGUACAGAUGAUGAAGAUACAGAGGAGCUUGUUCCUUUAAUGCCUCAGGCCUGGAGACUUCAAGAAAGAAGCUCCCAUCAAAGCUCCUCCAAUGAAAAGCUGCUUUCCAGGCGGGCACGUCUGGUGCAGCUAUGUACAUACCUGCAAGAGAGGUAUAAACACUUGUGCCGACAGGACAGGGCAGCCACCCGUCACAGCAGAUACCGAUAUGCCUUCCGGAAAGCUCUGCUCCAUGCUGCAAGCAAAGACCCCGACUGCACUGCACAGCUCAUUCAGAAACUCAGCAAGAGCCCACAGACCUCAACCUGUUCAAGGUCUGCAGUACCACACAAGUAUGAAAGGACAAUGUGUACAGGAACCACAAAGGGUCAAAGCUGCAGCAACAUAGUUUUGCCAUUUUCACGUCACUGUUUUCAACAUAUCCUGUUGAAUCGCUCUCAGCAGCUGUUCUCCAGUUGCACGGCACGGUUCGCUGAUGGACAGCAGUGCUCUGUUCCUGUGUUUGACAUUACUCACCAGACACCUCUUUGUGACGAACAUGCCAAGAAAAUGGAUAAUUUCCUGCGUGGGGAUGGCAACAGACGCAGUCAGCAGCAGCAGCGGCGCCCACGUAAGAAGACCAAGCCACCUGCACUGACGAAGAAACACAAAAAGAAGAGAAGACGAGGUCCGCGCAGACCGCAGAAGCCCAUUCCUCCCGCUGUGCCACAGGGCAAUUUGCUUAUGCCCUCCCUGUCACUGCCCCCUCACCACACCCAUGUCAGCAGGAGCCCAUCAACCCCUGAACUCAAUGCAGAUGAGCUUCCUGACGAUAUCACGAAUGAAAUGCCUGACAUUCCCAAUGAUCUUGAGCUGAAUCAGGAGGAUUUCUCUGAUGUACUGCCCAGACUACCUGAUGAUCUUCAGGAUUUCGACCUUUUUGAGGGUAAGAAUGGAGAGUUGUUGCCCACCACAGAGGAGGCUGAGGAGCUGGUCAGAGCCCUGCAGGCCAUGGGGUCAUAUCCCGAUUCCCUGGUGUGUUUGUCCUCAAUGGGUGAACUGACCACAGCGGACGGGGUAGACCACCGAACCAUGGCCGUGUUCUCGGGAUCAGGGGUCACAGCGACUGGCAUCGGAGACCUUCUGAACGGCCGAAUGACUUCGGAGACUUUUCCCAGUCUAGACCUGGAGGGAAAUCUCCUCCAAGCCCCGACAGACCAUCAUUUCCCAACGUCCCCUUCUCCCCAGCCAACCCAGAGCAGCGCCACCGCACCCACUACAAGUCCCAAUGGUGGGUUAACAGAACGAACGUUUUCCCGAGCUCCCAAACCGGACUCAUCUCCACCUGGCAGUCAUUACAGCAGCGAGCAUGUGCCAUCGCCCUACAAGGAUCACAUCUCACCCCCACAUGGUGCCUCUUAUCAAACCGACCCGCCUCUCUUGCUGGAGGUGCCUUUGAGUGGAGCACCAGGCCCUCCACGCACCUCCUGGAAUAACCUCCCUCUCUCGCUCACAGACCCGGCACAGUUCGGUAACCUCCUCUCUGCUGAAACUCACCUGCUCUCCACCGCUCUGUCCACCCCACCCUCCACGUCCCACUCCACAAUCCUGCAGCCCACCGCUGCUCUCUCCGCUCUACCCCAACCGGGCCUGACCGGCCUCACCUCACCCUCAUUCUCGCCCUCUUCACGGGACCUUCUCACCCCCACCCAACCUAAACUACAGCUCCCACAGUUUAGUGCAGCCUUCGGCCACCAACUGGCUUCUCACAGUGGGAUCCCCAAAGACCUGCAGCCCAGCCAUAGCUCGACAGCACCACCUACAGGCUUUACCAUCACUAGUGCCACUGCUGCCACUCCCCCGUUCCCUCAGAGCAACUGAGUCUGGUUAGAGAGACCAUCCCAUCUCACAUUUUAGAGGGAUAGUUCACGAUGGUUCUUUUUUUACUAGUCACUCUCAUGACUUUUGUUUUGUCAAGAAAGAAGUUCUGAACGAUGUUCACUUUCUGCUCUUUAAAAAGAAAAUUAUGCAGUGAACAAGUGUUGUCAAGCUCCAAAAAAGCACUGCACAUGUGUAUCACAAUCGGUUAUGAAUUGCGAAGUGUUUUGUGUCAUGUCUUGACAGCUGCAAGAUUUUGAGUGAGUAAAGGCCUGUUCACACCAAGAUAAAUGUUCAGUAAACAUUUUUACAUUUAGAAAACUUGCUGACCAAUAAUUUGCACUUUUGAUCACAAAAAGUAUUUGCUAUUACAAUUACAUAAAACUAAACAGACAAUUUUGCUAAGCGACUGUGACUAGCAGAGGAAGAAUCCAGAACCGGCUUUCCUGUCUCUGGUCACGUUUUUUUUGGUGUUAGUGAACACCAUCACAUAUACAAAAAUGAAAAACAUGAAAAAAACGUUUGACUUCCUUUCUUCACGGUGACACGUGGAUGUCAGAAAUGGAAAGUUGCACAGUGUUGCCCUUGUGUACCGCUAUACUUCUGUUUUUCAGUAAGUUCCACCUACUGUCACUGAGUGUAUCAAAUCUGUGUGAACAGGCCUUUAAUGACUUAAAUUCCAAUCUGUUCCUAACACAUAGCUAUCAAUAUGUCUUCAGAAGACUUGGAAUAUAGUGCACAAAUCCUAUGGACCUCUUUUAAGGUGCUAUCAGUCUCCAUUCACUUUAGUUGCAUGGAGAAGAGCAGUCUGGACAUUGUUGGAAACAUCUCCUUUUAUGUUCUUCAGAAGAAAGUAUGGGUUUAAGGGUUUAUCUUUGGGUGAACUAACUCUUUAAGUCUCAUAACCAACAGCCCUGUGUCUGACUGGCACAAUAGAUCAGCAGCAGAUUUGAGUCUUUCUGUACACGGAUCUCUGCUUGGUCUGUUAAAAGUGUUUAUCCUCUGUUUGUUGUUGUAGUGACCCAAGAGUUAUGUUCUGCCCACAUUUGCCCCUUUUCCACCAAAUGGUGCUAAUGCAGGAGCCGGUGCUCAGUUGGGUGAUCCGUGGAGCUGUCUCUUAGCCGACCCAUUAAUAUUGACAGCCAAAACAAUCUAACUGACAACAUUACUACAUUACUUGAUCAUGUGUCUUACAGUCUUAGUUUGUUCCAAUUUAAAUCACUUCCUUGCAGUCAGACAGGGACAGUAAUGUUGCUGGAGAAGCUGUGCAGCAUGAUUAAAAAUAGAAAUGUCAACUGAGGUUGUGUGCAACAUAUUUUUACAUUAUAAAGGAUA